AUGUCUCGUGAAUAUAUCCAACCCAUUACUGUCAAGCUAGAUGGUACCAACUAUAAUCAUUGGUCCUUUUUGAUGAGAAGUUUUCUCAAAGGCAAGAGUAUGUGGAAGUACAUUGAUGGCAAAGAGAAGUGUCCUAAAUCAAGAAGCAGCACUCAGGGUAAGGAGGGACCAACAAAAGACCCAAUGGAAGAAUGGGAAAUCAACAAUCAUAAGAUCCUCACUUGGAUCGGCAACACAGUGAUCACUUCUAUUAGUAUGUUGUUAACCAGUUUCGAUGUAGCGAAAGAAGCGUGGUAUUCUCUCGAGAAGAGGUUACGCAAAGCAUUAUACGGCCUCAAACAAGCACCCUGUGCUUGGUUUGAAAAAUUCUCUACUGCUAUUAUUAGACAUGGUUACACUCAAAGUCCGUAUGAUUCAGCACUAUUCACCAAGUCCUCAGACAAAGGUAUGGUUCUUCUACUCAUAUAUGUCGAUGAUAUGGUAAUUACUGGUGAUGACACAGAUGGUAUCACUUUCUUGAAAUCUUAUUUGAGUUCAUGUUUCGAGAUGAAAUAUCUUGGUACAUUAAGAUAUUUCCUUGGUAUCGAAGUUGAUAAAUAUCCAGCUGGGUACUUCGUUUCUCAAGUCAAAUACGCUUCAGACAUUAUUUCUCGUGUCGGGUUAACUGACAGUAAGGUAGUUGAUGCUCCUCUAGAAAUGAAUGUCAAGUUCAGUCCUACUGAUGGAAACGAUUUGUCCAAUCCAACCUUGUACCUUCAACUUGUGGGCAGUCUCAACUAUUUGACUAUCACCAGGCCAGAUAUUAGUUACGUUGUUCAUGUCGUAAGUCAGUUCAUGGCUGCUCCUCGCACCUCUCAUUUUGCUGCAGUUCUUCGUAUUCUACGAUAUGUGAAGGGAACACUGUAUCAAGCGUUGCAUUUCUCCUCCACAUCAGAUCUUCGUCUCCGUGCUUACACUGACUCAGACUGGGCUAGGGAUAUCACCGACAGACAGUUAAAAACAUGUUACUUCCUGUUCUUAGGCAACUCUCUUAUUUCUUGGAGAAGCAUAAAACAAACAGUUGUCUCUCACUCUAGUGUUGAGGCUGAAUAUCGGGCAAUGGCUCACACCACUUCAGAAAUAGUUUGGUUAAAAUGGAUCCUUAGUGAUAUGGGAAUUCUUAUGACAGACUCUACUCCACUUUACUGUGACAACAAAGUAGCCAUUCAUAUUGCACAUAAUGAUGUGUUUCAUUAG